AGAGGACAGUGGUUCCUGGGGCUGGAGAGCAGGGAAGUGAGAGCUUCUGACACCGAUCGGGAGCUGGCAGUGGGGGAAUUGUAAGGCCGAAGGGGAGGGGAUGUGAGGAACGCGAGGCCCAGCUGGUUGCAGGUGGAGGUCACAUUGGCUGUUUCUGCAGAGCACUUUGGCCUCCUCCCUGGGAAGUGCCUGUGGGACUGUGGGGCCUGAGUCUCACGUGCAAUUGUAUCUUCUUGGGGUCUCUCAGAGCUGAUUGAAAAUGUGCCCAUAGUGCCACAGCCAACUUCCAUCAUCUCCAGCUCCAUGGCCGCAGUUUGCAGCCUCAGCAAAGUGAAGCCGCCACUUGCCCUGAAGCUGGAAUCACGCCUCCUGCGGGCUCUUCUUUACACCAUCUUCACCAUGAGCACUGGGCAGGAUACUACCCACUUCCAAGCUCUGCACAACACCUCUUUACAGAGCCUGGACGCCAUGCUCGGGUGCCUGCUCACCGAGACCCCCACCUCAGACAAGCUGCAGCACCUCCUGGAGCAUGACCAGUUCUGGCUCCACUCCAAGAACACCCAGGAGAGAGCUAGAGCCAUAUGGAGCAGCGCUGCCCUGCUCCAAUUCGCCACCUCCCUCCCUGGAUUUAACACCUCCUCCGAUUUCCCCAAAGCAGGCAACUCUGUGCUGCAGCCAGGUCUGUACAUCUCUGACCCAGCCAACGACAUCAGCCAGCAAGCCAGGAGCGGGAUCUGUUGGCUGCAGAGGCUCCUGCUGCAGAGGACGGGUAAGAAACCCAGCUGGGCAAUGGGACCUCACAGAAGUGAGUCCCUUGGCGACUAGCUCCAGCUGGCCAUUGGGACGCCAAUAGAACUAAGGCCUCUUCUGUUAGACCAGCUGCAGCAGGGCAGAGGGACCCCAAUGGAAACAAGGCCCCUGUUUUGGGCCCCCCACUUGCAGGCCAAGGGACCCUGCAGAAAGAAGCC